AUUAACGCAAUAUAAUUAAUGCCUUCUCGCCCAAUUUUUCGCCAUUAGAGAAUCAGAAGUGAAAUUUGAUCCUGCUGUUGAAAGUGUAGAGACUCGUUUCUGAACUCGUUCAAGGCUGAGAUACCCACGAUCUACGCGACCUCCUCCAAUCAGCCAUGAAUUUGUGCCCUGCUGUGAAGAACAUUCUCCUUCUUGAUUCAGAAGGGAACCGUGUCGCAAGCAAGUUCUUUACAGAUGACUGGCCUACUAAUAAAGCCAAAGAAGCUUUUGAGAAGGCUGUAUUCACCAAGACUCAGAAGACAAAUGCCCGAACUGAAGCUGAGAUAACUAUGUUCGAGGACAACAUCAUUGUGUACAAGUUUGUACAAGACCUGCACUUUUUUGUUACUGGGGGUGAAGAUGAAAACGAAAUGAUCUUAGCCACUGUGCUUCAGGGAUUCUUUGAUGCUGUUGCUAUUCUACUUAGGGACAAUGUUGACAAGAGGGAGGCGCUUGAAAAUCUGGACCUCAUUCUGUUAUGCAUUGAUGAAAUCGUUGAUGGCGGCAUUAUUCUGGAAACUGAUGCAAGCAGCAUUGCAAGUAAAGUUUCAACCAACAGUAUUGAUUCUGCGGCACCACUAUCUGAGCAGACUCUAAGUCAAGCAUUGACAACUGCACGCGAGCAUCUUGUGAGAUCCCUUUUGCAGUGAUGAUAUAUUUAAGACUUGUAUUGAAAAUAUGGCAACAGACAAUUGACUCCGGAUUAUGCUGCAGAAGACUUGAUAUGAUUUUUUUCGUGUUCUGUUUUAGAUUGUUUUCACUUCACAAUAGCAACUUGAUUCCGGCUUUUGACUACUUGCUAGACAUUAUAAAAGAAUUGCACGUGUCAUGCUUUGUUUCCAUUAA